AUGCACGCCCUCUUCCACUCGUUCACAUUCGCCUACUUCGGCCCCUCCUUCCCCACCGCCGCGGUGUUCGAGGACUUCGUGGCCGUCGACGCCCAGUCGUACCUCCUCUUCAACCCGCUCCUCUCCCCGUUCGCGUUCUCCGCGCACGCCGCCCAGCGCCGCAUCCACGCCCGCCUCGCCGCGUACAUCGCCCAGUGGGACGCCGCGCAGGGCACUGAGGACCUCCCCGGCGUCUCCGCGCACGGGAACGGGAUCGGACGCGCGCUCGUCCGCUCCGACAUGACGCGCAAGGACCAGGCGGGGACGCUGCAGCUGUACAUCUGGGGCGCCGUGUUCGUCAACACCGCCAAGGUCCUCUUCUGGGCGGUGGCGCACCUUCUCGCGGACCCCGCCGCGCUCGCGCGCGUCCGCGCCGAGGUCGACGCCGCGGUCGCGGAGGGCUUCUUCGGCGCGGAGGCGGACGACGCGGGGGACGCGGCGCACCCCGCCGUGCUCGCGACGGAGCGCUUCGCGCUGCUCGACUCCGCGCUCAAGGAGGCCGCGCGCUGCACGUCCUCCCGGCGUCCUGCCGGACGCGAGCGGGACGGGCACUUCACGGUGCGGAAGGGCGACAUGGUGGUGCCGAACACGAUCGCCGUGCACCACGACGCGCAGUGGUUCGCAGACCCGGACGUGUUCCGCGUCGAUCGCUUCGUGGGCGAAGGCGGCGUCGAGGCCAACCGGCACCUGUACAUGUGGGGGAGGGGGGCGCAUAUGUGCGCCGGCCGGCAGAUGGCGAGCUACUUGAUGAAGAUGUUCUUCAUCACGAUCCUUCGCACCUACGACGUCGUCCCAGCAGAUGGCUCCGCGGUCGUCAAGGUGCCAGCGGGAGAGCCGAGAAGUGUUUCGACUAUGACACCCGUGACCGACCUCAAGAUUCGUCUGGUGGGGGGGAAGGAAGAAGGAAGUCUGUAA